GAGGAACGCAGUUUUCGUGCGUUCCCGUACCAUCUCGGCCUCUCUUCCUUUGUACCGGACUCUGCUCCUUCAUCUCUUCCAUUGUCCUCAUCUUCGCUGCGAUUUCCGGGAAUUCGCGCCGUUCUUCUGUCUAUUUACUUGAUCGAUGGUUUCGUUUCUCUCGCUUUGAGUGGGGCUGCUUCUUUGUAUUGGAUCAGCAAGAUUCCGUGGCAAGGUGAGCGACUGAAACCCUUUCUGACGUUUCAUGCCAGUGUUCGUCUGAUUAUAGCGGCGAGAAGUGUUGCCAGACGAAAAAGCAAAAGAGUUGAGUUCUUCAUUGAUCAUCUACAAUGAGCAAUGGCAGACUUUAGCUUCAGGUGUAAUAAGACUUGACAAAGGAACUUAGCAGAGAUUGAACAUCCCUCAGAAUGGAUUAUCUCAGCCGUUCUACGAUGGCAUUCUGUGGUGGUUCCAUUUGUUCAUCUUAUGAUGGAAAAACUUGUGGACUUGAGGGCAUUCUUUACUCCAAUACUUGUGUGAACCACUUCUUAGUCAUCUCUAUUACUCUACUGCUGUUCUUUGCCUUUCUCAUGAACGUUGUUCGAAAGUUGUCAAUGAUUACAAUCCAAACACUUUUUCAGCUAUCAAUUCCCUUGAAAAAAUACUCAAUCAUCUUCAAUGGCUGCUUGGGAUUUGCUUAUCUAGUCCUCGGCCUUUGGAUGUUAGAAGAGAAGUUAGGGAGGGGAGAGGGUUUCUUCCCUUUACAUGUGUGGCUGGUUGUGUUUUCUCAAGGAUUCUUUUGGAUUCUCACCAGCUUGGUGGCAAGCAUCCGAGCCAAACAGCUUGGAGAGGCAUUUGUGAAGGUUUGGUCUGGAGUUUCAAGUGUAUUUGCAGCAUUUUUCUGCUUUUCUUCUGUUUUAAGCAUCCUUCUGGAGAGGUUUAUCUCAGUUAGGAUAGUUCUAGAUCUGCUAACUUUACCAGGAGCUAUACUGUUACUUCUCUGUGCCUUCAAGGGAUCCCAAGAAGAUUAUGACUCUCUUUCUGACUCUCUCUAUGAGCCUCUUAGUAUUGAUUCUCAUACAAACUUAAGUUCAUCAAAUAUGUUCGUGACUCCUUUUGCUAAUGCUGGAUUAGUCAGUAGAAUGUCAUUCUGGUGGCUGAAUUCUUUGAUGAGGAAGGGCUUUGAGAAGCCCUUGGAUGAGAAAGAUAUUCCGCAUAUGGGCGAGAUGGAUCGAGCAGAAAGCCGAUACUUCAUGUUUCUCGAACAACUCAGCAGACAAACACAGAGCAGUCACACCGUCUCUCCGUCUUUCUUCAGGGCAAUAGUUUCUUGCCACAAAAGAGAAAUUUUAGUUUCUGGUCUCUUUGCAUUACUAAAGGUACUGACCCUCUCUGCUGGUCCAAUGCUAUUGAACGCCUUUAUAAAAGUGUCUGUGGGAAUGGGAACUUUCGAAUAUGAAGGUUAUGUUUUGGCUUUGGGAAUGUUUUUGGUGAAAUUUUUUGAGUCCUUAUCUCAGAGGCAGUGGCAUUUUCGCACCAGAAUGUUAGGCCUACAAAUCCGAUCUUUGCUUUCCGCAGCCGUGUAUCGGAAGCAGUUAAGGCUGUCGAGCUCGGCCAAGCUGAUACAUUCCUCUGGCGAGAUCAUGAAUUAUGUUACAGUUGAUGCAUAUAGGAUUGGGGAGUUUCCAGUCUGGUUUCAUCAGACAUGGACUACAUGCCUGCAACUCUGCAUUGCUUUGGUGAUUCUGUACCAUGCUGUAGGCCUGGCGACAAUAUCAUCCAUGGUAGUGAUAGUUCUCACAGUUCUAUGCAACGCUCCGGUGGCAAAGCUCCAGCAUAAGUUCCAGACAAGGCUUAUGGAGGCUCAAGAUGAGAGAUUGAAGGCCAUGGCGGAAGCUCUGGUGAAUAUGAAAGUUCUGAAACUUUAUGCUUGGGAAACUCAUUUUAGAAAAGUGAUUGAAAGUUUGAGAGAAGAAGAAUGCAAGUGGCUGUCAGCAUUUCAGUUGCAGAGAGCAUACAACAGCUUUCUUUUCUGGUCAUCUCCUGUAGUAGUUUCGGCUGCAACCUUCUUAACAUGCUAUCUCAUGGAGAUUCCUCUUUAUCCCAGCAAUGUCUUCACCUUUGUAGCGACUCUUCGUCUCGUGCAAGACCCGGUUAGAUCCAUUCCUGAUGUUAUUGGAGCUUUUAUUCAAGCGAAGGUUGCGUUCGGAAGAAUCGUGAAGUUUCUAGAAGCAGAAGAGCUUCAGAGUGGAAAUCUUAGAAAGAACCGCGCUGUAAAUGUCGAACAUCCAAUCAUAAUCAAGUCAGCAAGUUUUUCCUGGGAUGGAAAUCCUUCAAAACUUACACUCAGGAAUAUAAAUUUAGAGAUUAAGCCAGGAGAAAAGAUUGCAAUUUGCGGUGAAGUUGGGUCUGGAAAAUCAACUUUAUUGGCUGCAAUUCUUGGAGAGAUACCAAACACAGAAGGCGUGAUUCAAGUAUUUGGAAAGAUUGCAUAUGUUUCUCAAAAUGCAUGGAUUCAGACUGGGACGGUACAAGAGAAUAUUCUGUUUGGUUCUGCAAUGAACAAACAGAAAUACCAAGAAGCCUUAGAAAAGUGUUCCUUGGUGAAAGACCUCGACGCACUUCCCUUUGGAGAUUUUACAGUAGUAGGAGAACGAGGAGUGAAUCUCAGUGGGGGUCAAAAGCAACGUGUUCAGCUCGCCCGUGCACUGUACCAAGAUGCCGAAAUAUAUCUUUUAGAUGAUCCUUUCAGUGCUGUUGAUGCCCAUACUGCAACUAGCUUAUUUAAUGAUUAUGUCACAGGAGCUCUAUCUUCAAAAACAGUCCUAUUAGUUACUCACCAAGUGGAUUUCCUUCCGGCUUUUGACUCUAUUUUGUUAAUGUCAGAGGGAGAGGUCCUCAGAUCUGCUCCUUACCAUGAACUAAUGAUCUCAAGCAAGGAAUUUCAGGACCUGGUCAAUGCACACAAAGACACCGCCGAUCCAGAAAGCCUCGAGAAACUUAUAUUGCAUAAAAGCUGCGUGCGUGCAAUGGAGAUCCAUGACACGUGCAUUAAUAAUCAACACAAAAUAGCAAAGUCUUCAGGAGAAGAUCAGCUGAUUAAGAAAGAGGAGAAAGAGUCGGGAGAUACUGGUCUAAAGCCUUAUUUACAAUACCUCAACCAGAACAAGGGCUUCUUGUACUCUUCACUAGCUGCUGUUUCUCAUAUAAUUUUUAUAUCAGGCCAAAUUUCUCAAAACUCUUGGAUGGCGGCAAAUGUUCAAAACCCGCAAGUGAGCACAUUGAGAUUGAUCACAGUGUACCUGGCCAUAGGGUGCAGCACAGCCAUCUUUUUGUUGUCUAGAUCAGUAUUCGUUGUUGUUCUUGGCCUUCAAUCAUCAAAAUCUCUGUUUUCUCAGCUGCUUAAUUGCUUGUUUCGGGCGCCAAUGUCAUUUUUUGAUUCCACUCCUCUCGGGAGGAUAUUGAGUCGGGUCUCUUCUGAUCUAAGUAUUGUUGAUCUUGAUGUGCCAUUUAGCUUGAUCUUUAGCAUCAGUGCUACAUUAAAUGCAUAUAGCAACCUUGGCAUAAUGGCUUUUAUUACAUGGCAAGUCUUAUUUGUCUCCAUUCCUAUGGUCUAUUUGACCAUCCGAUUGCAGGCCUACUACCUGAAUUCUGCAAAAGAGUUGAUGCGGAUUAAUGGCACUACAAAAUCUCUAGUGGCCAACCAUUUGUCUGAGUCUGUGUCUGGGGCAGUAACAAUCAGAGCCUUUCAGGAAGAAGAUCGUUUCUUUGGAAAGAAUUUGGAGCUCAUUGAUAGUAAUGCCAGCCCAUUUUUCCAUAAUUUUGCUGCUAGUGAAUGGUUAAUUCAACGUUUAGAGACCAUGGGUGCUGCUGUUCUUUCAACUUCAGCCCUUGUCAUGGCCCUUCUUCCUCCAGGAACUUUUAGCUCCGGAUUAGUGGGGAUGGCUCUAUCUUAUGGCUUCUCAUUAAAUAUGUCCCUUGUUUUCUCAAUCGAAAAUCAAUGUACACUCGCAAAUUACAUAAUAUCCGUGGAACGGUUGAAUCAGUACAUGCAUAUAUCAAGCGAGGCUCCCGAAAUCGUCGGAGGCAACCGACCACCUCCGAAUUGGCCGGGAACAGGCAAAGUGGAACUUAGAGACUUGAAGGUAAGAUACAGACCAGAUAGUCCGCUUGUUCUUCAGGGAAUCAGCUGCACCUUUGAAGGAGGACACAAGAUCGGGAUCGUCGGACGAACUGGGAGCGGGAAAACUACCCUUAUAGCUGCACUGUUUCGACUCAUUGAGCCGUCGGGAGGAAAGAUCAUCAUAGAUGGCCUAAAUAUUGCCACAAUUGGGUUACAUGACCUGAGAUCGCGAUUCGGAAUCAUUCCUCAAGAUCCUACCCUCUUUCAUGGAUCUGUGAGAUAUAAUUUGGAUCCUUUAGGGCAGCAUUCAGAUCUUGAAAUAUGGGAGGUUCUUGAAAAAUGUCAGCUCCGAGAAGUUGUUCAAGAAAAGGAGCAGGGUCUUGAUUCUCUAGUUGUUGAAGACGGAUCCAACUGGAGUAUGGGACAGAGACAACUGUUCUGCUUGGGACGUGCGCUUCUGAGGAAAAGCCGUAUAUUAGUUCUUGACGAAGCCACAGCUUCAAUCGACAACACCACUGAUGCUGUUCUUCAGAAGACCAUCAGAACAGAAUUCAUAGACUGCACUGUCAUCACUGUUGCUCACAGAAUUCCAACGGUUAUGGACUGCACCAAGGUGCUUGGGAUUAGUGAUGGUAAAUUAGUGGAAUAUGACACCCCAAUGAAAUUAAUGAAGACUGAGGGGUCUCUUUUUGGGGAACUUGUGAAGGAGUAUUGGUCCCACACCGUCAAUGCAGAUAUGUAGCCUCUAUGAAGAAUACAAUAAAGCUGUUUAGUUUCUGCUCUGAAUUCUAUCAUUAGUUCAGUUCUUCUAUCUACAGUGCUGUAAGGUUUGGCCUUAGUCUCUAUAGUCAAUAAUAAUGACUUGCUAAAUGUAUAUUUACACAAAAAUAUAUUUCCAGGGCUUUAUAUAAUAUGUA